AGGUGUUUUUGAGAUACUGACUCUUGUCAGUGCUUUUAAACAAUGCCUUAUAAACUUGGCUCACUGUUUAAAGAGGCGUUGAGGAAACACGAUAGCUCCCUCGACGCUGAUGCACAAGUAGACUCUUGCACAGCUUCCUCAGUGUGACGAAUCUGCGGCUGUCGUCACUCUGGCUGGACUCCUAGAUAAGCGUGUGGAAUCGGCGGUGGGAAAUACGACGUGAAAGGUACUAGAGCUCCUACGAUCAUGGCGGCUACCGCCCCCAAAGCCGGGGCUUCAGCUGAGGCGGCGGGUUCCGCCGAAGCUCCGUUGCAGUACAGCCUUCUUCUUCAGUACCUGGUGGGCGACAAACGUCAGCCCCGACUUCUGGAGCCUGGCAUCCUGGGCGGGAUCCCGAGUCCUGCCAAGAGCGAGGAGCAGAAGAUGAUCGAGAGGGCAAUGGAAAGUUGCGCGUUCAAGGCUGUGCUGGCCUGCGUAGGAGGCUUUGUCUUGGGAGGUGCAUUUGGCAUCUUUACCGCUGGCAUCGACACCAACGUAGGCUUUGACCCCAAGGACCCUUACCGGACACCAACUGCAAAAGAAGUCCUGAAAGACAUGGGACAGAGAGGAAUGUCCUAUGCCAAAAACUUUGCCAUUGUGGGCGCCAUGUUUUCAUGUACUGAGUGUCUGGUAGAGUCUUACCGGGGAAAGUCGGACUGGAAGAACAGUGUCAUCAGCGGCUGCAUCACUGGCGGAGCCAUUGGCUUCAGAGCUGGAGUAAAGGCCGGGGCCAUAGGUUGUGGAGGUUUUGCUGCUUUCUCUGCAGCAAUCGAUUAUUACCUACGGUGAAAGAAAUAGCCUGAAAGGAAGGAGGACGCCAGCCACCUUCAGAGCUGUUCCUUGGAGCAGUUUCUACACACUUGGCAUUGCUUCCGGAGUGAACCAAUUAUUUCCUUCUACAGUUGGUCGUGUGAAGGACCCACCUCGCUGUUCUUUCUCUCCAGCCAUUGGAGCAACCAUACUUUCUCCUUCUGAAUCCCAACCAGGCUUUUCAGGGGAGAUGGUAUGCGGUAAACAGAUCAGGAGGCAGUGUGUGAACUGAUACGCAUUAAGCUCGAACCAGGCUCAGUUCUGACCUUGCUCAGCUCUCCAGCUUUGAAUAGGGAGGUGGCAGUGCUUGCCCACGGCCAGGAAGCUCUUCUUCCUUCAAACUGUGUGCAAGUAUCUAUUGUGAGUCCCAGGGCAGGGCAAAGUAAACUUACGCCAUCGAGGCAAUCAUGUAAUUUUAGUUAGUAUUUUUGCUGUCCUUGUUAAAAAUAUGUAUAUGGGAGCUGGUGAGAUGGCUCAACAGUUAAUAGCACUGGCUGCUAUACCAGAGGUCCCAGGUUUGGUUCCCAGCACCUACAUUGUGGUUUACAACCAUCUGUAACUCUAGUUCCAGAGAUCUAAGGUCCUCUUCUGGCCUUUGAAGGCACCAGGCACCUGAGUAGUACAUAGACAUAUAUAAUGCAGGCAAAAAUACCCAAUUUUUAAAAAAAUAUUUAUUUAUUAUUAUAAAUGAGUACACAGAAGAGGGUGUCAGAUUUCAUUAUGGGUGGUUGUGAGCCACCAUAUGGUUGCUGGGAUUUGAACUCACGACCUUCAGAAGAGCAGUCAGUGCUCUUUCCCCGCUGAGCCAUCUCACCAGCCCCCAAAUUAUUUUUUUUAAAGCAUAUGUACUGUUAUAAGAAGCUAGUUUUUCAGAUUUCACACCUCUGACAAAAGAUGCCAGCUGGCCCAAAGAGUGACACGUCCAAUGGAAAGAUUAGGAAACCUCUAGGGAACUCUGGAAGCUGUAUCUUUGUUACCACAGUCAUUCCACCAGCUAGGCCUCUCCAUAGAAAGUCUAGCCAAUGUUCCUGGAUGUAUCACCACACGCUGCCGGUAACUCUUCACCUCCUCAAAGGCAUUGGGUUAGCUGAUGGCCAUGCCUACAGCUUACUGAAUGAACCCUUGGUCUCCGGCCCCAGCCCAGGUCUGAAAGGUCUGUGGUCAUCCUGCCAGCUGAGUCAUACUGUAGCUACUGGCCCAGAUCAGAUGGCAAAGGCCUGUUUAUCACCACCCUGUUCUCCAUUAAGCUUUUCUUUGGCUUUUGGUGGUUUGAUUUUUGUUGUUGUUGUUGUUGUUGUUCAACAGUUCAGCCUCAUUAUACCACAGCAGAAAACGAGCCUUUUAUGUUUGGGCUGUGCCACUGAACUGUUUACUGUAGUGUGUGGGUGAAGGUGGAACUAAUGGGCUUCAGUCCUUACCUCAUGUCAGUGGUGUAGGAGGCUCCGCCAAGGCCUGUAACUGGCUGCCUUCAGCCAGCAUUCAGUCUUUACCCCUGUUAUAUAGUAACCCUUCCACCUUUGCUUUGCUUGCUUCCUCAUCUUCACUCAACCUUAAGCAGAAUUCAAAGACUAAACUUCAACAUUAGUCAUCUGGGUGUGUAUUUGUAUGUGAAUAAUGAUAUCAGAUCCACAGUAACACCUUUUGCUGUCUCCUUAGAACGGGUGUGAGUUAGUGCACAGGGCUCGUGCUCUUUGCUGAAUCCUUUUCAUUCGUUUGCCGAGGGAAGAAUCCAAGGCUCUAUGCAUGCUUAGGCAAAUACUCAAUUAGUCAGUCUCCCAGCUUCUAAUCUGCAGUGAAUUAAUUCUGUAUGAUGCCUGGCCUUAUUUCAUAAGCACAAGGCUUCACUGGAGCCUACCCCAGAGCUCUGGAAACAAGCUUAGGAGUGCAUCCUGUACUGUCUGUAAAUCCUUCACCUAGGAACACUGUGCUGAAGGAUGGACUCUACCUGGGACCCGUCAAAGUGCUCAGGUGCCUGAGGUCUUCUACCAGCUGCUCUUUCACAUGAGCCCCAGUGCAAGCAUCAUAACUACCUUGGCAAAGAGGAACAUCAGCUGUCAGUAGCCAUCAGUUGAACAAGCCAAGCCUUGUCCACGUGGACCUUUCAAUCAAGAGGAGAUGAAUAGCUUCCUGUUUUAGAUGGCUGGGGGUCAGUAUGAGCUCAUAAACCAAACAGCAAUUUGCAGACACAUCUGUUCCUGAUCUCUAGAAUAAACAGUGUCCAAUGG